UGUGUUCUCCACACUCUCUCACACAGCCUCUAAUUCAUCAUCCUCCAUCACUUAAACUAUUUCUCAAGUCAUCUCUCUCACCUUUUUCCAUGGCAUCUGAUCAUUCAUCCCUUAACCAAACCAAAUUAUGUGUCCAUCAAAACGGAGACCUUGAGCAACAAGAAACUCUAGAGAUUGAAACUGAUGACUUUGAUUACUCAAAACGAUCCCAAUGGCUACGUGCUGCCGUUUUAGGAGCCAAUGAUGGUUUAGUCUCCACAGCAGCUUUGAUGAUGGGUGUAGGAGCGGUGAAGCAAGACCUCAAGGUCAUGAUCCUCUCAGGAUUUGCAGGGCUUGUGGCAGGUGCUUGCAGCAUGGCCAUAGGAGAGUUUGUGUCUGUGUACUCUCAAUUGGACAUAGAGGUUGCUCAAUUAAAGAGAGACAAGAAAAGAGUCAGUAAUGGCAGAGAGGAGGAUCAAGAAGAUGAUAGUGAAGAAGAGAAAGAAACCUUGCCAAACCCUUUGCAAGCAGCAGCAGCUUCAGCUUUAGCCUUUUCAGUUGGUGCAAUGGUUCCUCUUCUUGCAGCUUCUUUUAUCAAGGACUAUAAGGUAAGGCUAGGAGUGGUUUUUGUGGCGGUUAGUUUUGCUUUGGUGGCGUUCGGUUGUAUGGGAGCAUUCUUGGGUAAGGCGCCGGCAUUGAGGUCUUGUGUGAGAGUCUUGGUUGGGGGUUGGUUAGCCAUGGCCAUAACUUUCGGGCUAACCAAGUUGAUUGGGUCAAGUGGGCUCUAAUUAAUUAGCUCCCUUGAAGUGAGUUUUGGUAAUAAUUGGAUAAUUACCUUAUGUUUCAUUAUCUAGCUAAUUAUAUGUGGUUUAUCUCACUUGUCCAUCUAAAGUCCAAGCAAUCAAUUAUCUUCACUACUCUUGUGGUGUUGAAGACUCACUGUUGAUUGUCUCACAUAUUUUUCAUCAAGCCCGUGGUUUUUGCUUUUUACAAGAAAAGAUGAUCGAGAUGAGGUUGAAUGGAAGAAAGUUGGCGUGGCCAUAAGCAUUAAUGGGAGUACAUCUAUCAAAAACUUCUAUAUACGUGUAAUUAUCUUUUAUGUAUGAUAAAAGUUGGAGUCUUCCAUUCCUAUAGUGAGUGGAGAUAUGAUACAUGCAUGGCAAAGCUUUACACA